UUUAUAUUGGCUAUCGCCAUUGUUCCUUUCAUAGUGCUUAUGUGUUCAUGUUUUCUUCGUCUGGUCAAGGAUCUAUCGUAGCCAUUAUCGGUGUACGGUGAUCAGUGAUAUCUUUGUUAACGUUUUUUUAGAAUGUAGCGGGUAUUUAUCGCGACAUUUUGGAAUAGAUACGUAAUAUGACAAUUGCAUCGGAUAGGAGAACUAUUCGUUUGAACUUGUUCCUUUCAAAUUAAAGGAACAUGUGCUAUUUAUUCGGUGGCUAUUAAUGUGAUUUACAUAUAUGAAAGAAAUAUUGCGCGUAAAAUGGCAAAAGACGAAGGAGACGACCUCUUACCAGACAAGGAUGCUGCUAAGGGAUUUUAUGCAAAAUACGAACCCAAAGAAAUCCUUGGAAGAGGAAUAUCUUCCACUGUAAGAAGAUGUAUAGAAAAAGAAACAGGUAUAGAAUAUGCAGCUAAAAUCAUAGAUAUUAGUAAUGAAAACGAAGAUGGACAUACUAUGAAGGAUGCCACAUUACAGGAAGUACAAAUUCUUCGUAGAGUAGCGGGUCAUCCUUAUAUUAUUGAAUUACAUGAUGUCUUUGAAUCUAGUACAUUCAUAUUUUUAAUUUUUGAAAUUUGUAAAAAUGGUGAAUUAUUUGACUACCUCACAUCUGUUGUUACUCUCUCUGAGAAAAAGACACGUUAUAUUAUGAGACAAGUCUUUGAAGGUGUUCAGCAUGUACAUAAUCAGGGGAUAGUUCAUAGAGAUUUAAAACCAGAAAAUAUAUUACUUGAUGAUAAUUUAAAUGUAAAAAUAACUGAUUUUGGAUUUGCUAGACUAUUAAAAACUGGAGAUAAAUUAUAUGAUCUUUGCGGUACUCCUGGAUAUUUAGCACCAGAAGUACUUAAAUGUAAUAUGUUUGAAAAUGCAGAAGGUUAUGGUCAUGAAGUUGAUAUAUGGGCCUGUGGAGUAAUUAUGUUUACUUUAUUAGUUGGUUGUCCUCCUUUCUGGCAUAGAAAACAGAUGAUUAUGCUUAGAAAUAUUAUGGAAGGAAAAUAUUCAUUUACAUCUCCUGAAUGGGCAGACAUAACAGAGGCUCCCAAAGAUUUAAUAAGAAAAUUAUUAGUUGUUGAUCCCAAGAAGAGAAUUAGUAUCAAAGAAGCAUUGGAACAUUCAUUUUUUCAUACAGUGCUAUGGGAUCAAGACAUCGCUCCUUUAAAACGUUCGCUAUCAUCUAAUUCGCGGCGUCUAAGUAGGAUAUCUCAGUUAGCUUUGGAAUUAAAGGCAAAGUCGUUUAAUGCAAGAAAAAGAUUCCAGUUAGCUAUAAUUUGUGUACGUGCAGUUGUUCGCAUUAAACGACUUCAUAAUACACCUGAACCUCUUUCAACUCAAGUAGCAUGCACUGAUCCUUAUAGAAUCAAAAUUUUACGAAAGGUUAUUGAUGGUUGUGCAUUCAGAGUUUAUGGUCAUUGGGUAAAAAAAGGAGAAGGACAAAAUCGAGCUGCUCUUUUUGAAAAUACACCAAAGACAGAACUUAAACAUCUUUAUGUUAGUAAUUUGAGCAGAUAACUAAUGCUUUAAUACAGCAAUCUAGUUAAAAUUGUUAUUUCUUAUUUAGAUAAUAUUUACAGUAUCUAAGAAAAAAAAAAUAAAAAUAAAUAACUUACACAUAAAGGUAAAACAUGUAUAAAGCUUUUUCUUGACUUUGAUUGCAAUAUAAGUAAUUGUUUAAACAAUUUUAUAGUAACAAUAAAGUAUUUGUAGUCUUUUA